CGGGUCAAACUAAUCCAAACACAUAGUCAUAGUGCUCCAUCCCUUCUUGUGUUGUGUUUUGUUGUUUUUCUCAGAUUUUUACAAAUAAGCGCGCAUCAACUGGACUAACACAUCAAUUGGAUACUUUUUAUGCCUGCUUUUUCUUGUAAAACUUUCAAGGCAGCAGUCAAAGAUCUAGGACUUUGUUUGGGGGUCUUUAUUUUACAGUUUGUUUUGUCUUAUGGAUGUCUAUACAGAUGUAUUGAUGGCAUGAUCAUCCUCAGUGAUCCAGUUAUGGCAUUGUGGUGGUGCACUAACAUCUUUUCCAGAUCGGCUGCAGUGGGCUUUCCCCUUCUCCUCUCGUCACUACUAUGGCUAAUGAUCUCCCCUGCACAUGCUGAACCUUCCUGUCCACGGAGUUGUAGCUGUCCAAGUGUUAAAGAUGUUCACUGUACGUUCAGACAUCUCACAGCUGUACCAAAAAACUUUCCUAAGGUCACAGAGAGGCUCAAUUUGGGAUAUAAUAGCCUAACUGAGGUGGAGGCGUCAAAAUUCAGGUCACUACGGCAACUGGAAAUGCUCUUGAUGCAUGGUAACGACAUAAGCACAAUCCACCCAGGGGCAUUUUACAGCUUGCGGUCACUACAGAUAUUGAAACUGAGUUAUAACAAGCUAGCAAGAGUGAAGCCUGGUCUGUUCGAGCGCUUGGUUGGUCUGGUUCGUCUGCAUCUGGACCACAACCUCAUCAGCUUUAUUGAGCCAUACUCUUUUUCGGGUUUGUCGUCCCUCAAACUACUACAACUAGAGGGAAAUCUUCUCAAAGAGAUCCAUCCUCAUACCUUCAUUACAGUGUCACUACUAGGGAACUUUUGGACCUCUGGACUCAAACACUUGUAUCUUUCAGACAAUAUGUUGGAACAGCUCCCUGCCACUGUACUGAACACAUCUCCCAGACUGGAAAUUCUCUCUCUUCAUGGUAACCCUUGGACCUGUGAUUGUCAACUUCACUGGCUGAUACAGUGGAGCUCUACAAAUGAAGGAGUAAUAAAGUGCAAAAAGGAACGUGAGACAAGCACAACAGAGAUUUGUCCUCAGUGUUUCUCUCCUCAACCCUUAAAUGGGACCCAACUAUUGGGCUUAAGUGAAUAUCAGCUUACCUGUGAAAGACCAGCUCUUCGCUCUUCCCUCAAACUGUGGGACAACCCUGUGUGGGCUGAAUCUGACACAGAGCCCGACCUCCCAUACACCCGGGACUUUGAAAAGCCCUUAGGCCACCUAAGCUUUGUUCUCUCAGAUGCCCAUGGAAAUAAUGCACAUGUGGACUGUGAUAUGCGACACCCAGGAGACAGUUCUCAUAUAAACUGGACAGUGAAUCCACGGUCAGCUCAAGGGCUGUCUGUCAACAUAUCACUGGAAACCAUCCUUGAGUGCGAGAUUAAUAGGGAAAAACUACAAAAUCUUUGGCAACUGGUUGCAUAUUACUAUGAAAGUCCUGCUAUCUUGGAAAGAGGUCAACAAAGAGUUAACACCAGCAGAACAACUUAUCAAUAUGCCCAAGUUGCUAAUGAAAAUUCCCCUUAUUUCACAGACUUAAAGGGUUAUUUGGUGGCAGACCCAGCAUGGCUGCUUCAACACAGAGUCACUUUAAAGCUUAAUAGACAACAAACAACAACCAAGAAACUGGUGAUGGAUUUUACAACCAUAAUCACCAAAAUCAUCAACAUCCACAGAGGGCAGCCCGAUGAUAAUGACCUUACUUCCUCUUGGGCAAUGAUUCACCGUGGGAGUGCAGGGCGGGUCAAUACCGCUCUUGAGGGGUCAAAAGUUCACUUACAGUGUAGCGUUGUCACUUCACAGCAGGAGGUGAAAGUGGAGUGGAUGCUUCCAGAUUUGUCCUUUGUGGAGGGUUUGACUGAAAAAGUCAAAAUUGAUGAUGACAAAGGGGAUCUUGUCAUCAUGAAUGCAUCACAAUCUGACUCUGGUCUAUAUCACUGUAUGAUCAGAACAAAGGCAGGUGUGGAUUUGAUGUCUUUGAGGCUUACAGUUAAAGAACGAUCACCAAGCACUACCACUUUCAAUGGCCAAAAAAUUAUAGUUGAAAAGGGAGGUUCAAUUUCACUCCCAUGUGAGGUGACAUCUGCGCAACCCAGUCAAACCAUAUGGUACAUACCCAGAAACAAAGUACUACUUCCCACACAAAAGACAAGAAAGGCAGCAGUAAUGGAAAAUGGUACUUUGGUGGUGAGGAAGUUGUUGGAAGAAGAUUCAGGAGAAUAUAGUUGUUUAGCCUCAAAUCUCUAUGGAGUUGACAUGCUGUCACACACGGUGGAAGUGGCAGGGGAAAAGGUCUCUUAUAACUCUGAAGUAAAGACAGAAACAGAGCAGCAAAUCUUAAACACUGACAUAGAAGAGGGUUCAGCAGAAGAUUACCAAGAAACUAUUCGCCCGUUUGCGACACAGAUUCCUACAGUUGGAAACCAGCAAAGGAAUCCUGAUUUUUUCUCAAGCAAAAUCCCAAAGAAAGAUUAUAAAAGAAAGCCCACCAUUAUUGUGAAAACAUUGGAUCCAAAUUACUGGGCAGAGGUUUUGACUAAAGCCAAUGCUAAAUUGCCAAUUGCCUCAGAGUUUCCGUUACCAUAUUCUACCACUCUGAUUGCCCCAGCCAGUGUGUCCAACCCAGCAAGUACUAUUUCCUCCUACACAACUGCCAACAAUUUCCCCAAUACAACUAUUUCUGAUUAUAGGAUAGAGCCAACAGCAAAAGAAAUACCACCCAAAACUUCACAGACUCCAGUUGUCAGAAGUACAGAAUCAUCCCUUGAACAUUUUACAGGAAUUACAGCCAAAAACGAUGGCGUAACUUCUAUUGUCAGAACCCAAGCUGAAAAGACAAAGAAACGCCAAUUUGGUUUAGGCAACAGGAAAUUUGUUCCUGGUCACGCAAACAGGAGAAGGCUACCCUUUAGACGUAGAAAACCCCCUAUAAGAAGAAUUCAUCCUGACCUCAAAUCAUUUCUUAAUUCAUCAAAUAUGCUCAAAUCCACUGUUCCCCCACCAACAGCCACACUUAUUACUACAACCACCACCAACUCUAGUUGCACAACACCGGGAAAAACUAAUGUCACUGCCUACUAUCAGACAAAGAACGUUGGAGGUAGUAAUAAGGAUACUGGAAACAUGGAUGAAAGAAAAGAAUUUAACUCUGAAACUCAUCAGACAGUUCAGGAUCUUGACAGUAGUCGUACAGAUUUUCAAUCAGCUGGAAACAAAGAUGCAGAAUUAGAGAUUUCUCCACAUACAUUUAUUUUACCUCAUGCAAAAACAAUUAUUCUUCCAAAGGUAGAAGUUAGUUCUCUUCCCACUGAAAUGACUCUUGUGGAAACAGAUCAAGAGAGUGCUAACAAAAAAAUAUCAACAGGGAAGAAAAAAGAAAAAGAUGUGAUGGAGACAAGGUUAAUAACAAUAAUUAGAGGACAAGAAACCCAAACAAUGAACACAGAGCUUGAGAUCGUGAGGGAAUCAUUUAAAAAUGAGUUGGUCACACAAAGUUACAUUAUGUGGCAUAACAUACUUUCAACAUCCCAAACACCAAAACCAAACACUCAACCUUCACGGGAUCUAAACUCACCAACCCAAGCCAAAGUCUCACCUUCUAAAGUAACCUUCAAAACGUCACAUUUAAGCGAAGAAUAUACAAAAAAGGAUAACGUUAACAAGGAAAAUAAAGAGGUGAAUAAAGGAAGAGCAAAGCCCAAAAACCCUGAUGCUCCUGCCGUUUCCAUUCAUCCCUUGCUCAGCCAAGGACGAGAGCAACCAAACUCUGCUCAAGUGCCACAAAUACACCAAGACAGAAACCCAGAGAAGCUGGGAGAUGUGGAUUUCCGUAGGCCACCACUGGCUCCCCACAUUCCCCCAAUCUCCCACCGGCCUUCAAACCGCCAUCAUUACCCUAUCUAUCCUCCUUGGCAUGCUCAACAGUCAUUUCUUCCUCCCAAGCAAGGUGCUGUGACACACAUUGUGCCCACACAUGAAACCAGGAUUUUUCCCCAUGAAAGGGCUCAAAGCCCAGUUGCCACCAACAGAGCAGAGAUCACAGCUAAAAGAGUGAAAUCUACAACCAGCGCUAUCGAAACAACAGCAAUCCAUUCUUCACAUCAAAAUAAUCCUUUUGAUGUCAGGACUCAAGUCAGAAAUCAGCUAUUAUUAUCAAAGCUGAGGAACAGAUACAGACAGGCGUAUAUUGAUCGUCUAUCCCAGCUAGGGAAGAUAGUGACACCCAAACCUCGCAUAAGCUACAACAAUCCUCAAAACCCCAUUCAACCUAAUCCUAUACCUUUUACCAGACCUUCGCUCAUCACACCACAAAUACCGACAAUCCCCUCGACCCUGCGACCUACACACCUUGCUAAACCAACAGCAACCUCCUUCUCUGGUUUUAACACGACCCCUCACGCUCAUCAUCCUACCACCACAGUAUUACAACAUGGGGGAUCUGGCCCUGGUGGGGCCAAACCUCGUAUCACUACAGUGAACAAAGCCAGUGUGUCAGUCUUGGCAGAGGGCGAUGUUGUUCUACAUUGUGAAGCAACAGGCCAACCUGAACCAAGCAUCUCAUGGACAAAAGUAUCCACAGGUGCCACCAUUCCAGCUAACACCAAGCAUGGUUCCCGCUUUGAAGUCUUCAUAAAUGGAACUUUUGUAAUUAAAGCAGUCCAGCUACAGGAUAGAGGCCAGUAUCUCUGCACUGCCCAGAAUAAGUUUGGAUCAGAUCGCAUGGUUAUUACCUUAGCAGUCCAGACUGAAGCCCCCAAGAUCCAACCUCCCAGGUCCACAGAAAUAGCAAACUAUUUAGGGAAAAGUGUGACUCUUGACUGUCUGGCUUCUGGAAAACCUUCAGCUCAAAUAUCCUGGAUUCUACCGGAUGGAACAUUUGUUCGAGAAAUUGGGACCAUUCAUACUCCAAUCUCUCAAAUGUCACUACAUGAGAAUGGGACUCUGCAAAUGCAUUCAACCAAUUUUUCGAGUAAAGGAGACUAUAAAUGCAUUGCAAGUAAUGCAGCAGGUGCUGAUACAGUCACUUAUCACCUUCAUGUUGCAGCUUUGCCUCCAAGCAUAAGUGAAGCCGCAAGUGACACUGUGAUCAUUCCGAUAGGGAGGAAUGUCUAUGUCCAUUGCUCCAUGAAGGGGGAACCUUGGCCCACUUUGAAGUGGACACUGCCAACAGGGAUCCAUGUUAAGCCAUCACAAUUUCUGGGACAUAGGCUCUUUGUCUUUCCCAAUGGGACACUGUAUUUCAAGAAUGUCUCACCAUCUGAUGCAGGGAGGUAUGAGUGUUUAGCCACAAACACGGUGGGCAUUGCAAAAAGAACCGUGCGUCUUGAAGUGCGGGCAGAUUCCUCCUCACAUAUCCGCCAUCCUCCUUUUCCUUUCCGUCCUACUCAUCAUCAUGCAGUGCCAUCCCGUCAACACUCAGUCUCAGCUAUGUAUGGUUCUACUGUCUAUUUACACUGUCCAGAGUCAAGUGGAUCCCCAAGGGGGACCAUCUGGCAGCUACCCUCUAAAACCAUCAUGGAGCAUCACUACAGUCCAGAGAGACCAAUUAAAGCUUUCCGGAAUGGGACUCUGAGGAUACUUCAGCUAACAGAGCUGGAUGGUGGAAAUUAUCUAUGUUUCUUUCAGCGACCCAAUGGAGAGGACAUGCAGGUGUUUCAGGUAGAUGUCUUGAUGACCCCGCCCAGAAUUGAACAUGUGAGAACAACACAACCAAGAGUCCACUUUGGAGAAAAUGUCCAGGUGGACUGUGUUGCAACAGGCCUCCCAGAUCCAGAAGUCUCCUGGAGUCUACCAGAUGGAACACUUAUCAACAGUGCCAUUCAGUCUGAUGACAGUGGCUAUCGCAAUCGCCGCUACAUUAUUUUUGGGAAUGGAACAUUACUUCUUCAGCAGAUGGCCAAAAAGGAUGAGGGUGACUACACUUGUUAUGCCAAGAACAAACUGGGUAAAGAUGAGAGAAAAGUUAGUCUCAAGGUUGGCCCAAACGCCCCAAAAAUUAGUUUUAAAUUUCAAUCCCUGGUCACAGUGAAAUAUGGGGAAUUAGCUCAACUGAGCUGUCAAGCAACUGGUGAACCUACACCACAAAUCUUUUGGAUCUCACCGCAAAAUGAUGUAAUUCCACUGUCAUCAGACAAAUAUGAGAUAAUGGAAAAUGGCAUGUUAGUGGUGAAAAAAGUAACACUUGCUGAUGAGGGUAAAUAUGCCUGUGUGGCGCGAAACUCUGUUGGUGAUGACAUUAAAAACAUGAUUCUUGAGGUUGAAUCGAGGGAACCUUUUAUCAAUGGCCACAAAGGGAAGAAUGCCAAAAGGAUUGUAGGCAUUUCUUAUCAAACUGUGCUAUUAGAUUGCAAGGUUGAAGGAAAACCGGAACCAAGGGUUUGGUGGUUCACUCCUUAUGGCCAAUCACUCCAACUCUCCUACCUCAGUGGUCGCUUCCAAGUACAUCAAAAUGGGAGUUUGGAAGUGAGAGGAGUCAGAAAAACAGAUGAAGGGCGAUACAUGUGUCUGGCUAAAAACCAUCUAGGUGAAGCAUCCCUAUUAGUUGAAUUAGAUGUGGUACCAAUAGCAGAAAAGCCAAGUUUUGCUGUUCCUAAUAUUGAACUCCUACCAAUAAAAAAUAAUGGUGGGGAAUUGCAUCUGCACUGCCCUGCCCGUGGAAAACCAAACCCAGAGUUUGUGUGGGUGCUACCUAAUGGGACAAUGCUGAUGCCUGGUGUUAGACUACAACGCUUUACCCACCAUCAGAGUAAUGGAACUCUGUGGAUUUCUCAGCUAGCUGCAAGCGAUAAAGGGGUUUACAGGUGUCUAGCAAAGAAUGUGGCAGGUCAAGCCGAGAAGCGUUAUGCACUGGAAGCAGGAAGGAAGCCGGUGAUCAGAGGAUCAACAGGUGGAAUAAAGAUCACCUAUGGUCAAACUCUCAACUUACAUUGUACUCUGGAUGGAUGGCCGCAGGCAUCGAUUGCAUGGACCCUACCCAAUGGCUUCACUUUGGAUAAACCUCAGUCCAUUGGUCGAGUUACAUUUCUUGCUAAUGGGACCCUCCAGAUGAGACAGAUUGCUACUUUUGACAAAGGGAUAUACAUCUGCAAAGCCUCUAACGCUUUUGGCUCAUCAACAUUGUCGUACCCUAUCACAGUAAUGGUUCAUCCACCGCACAUCACCAGUAUGCUCCCCUCCAUCACCAGAGUGAACCGGGGAUCACCUGUUAAGUUAAAUUGUCUUGCUACAGGUGUACCCAAGCCGGAAAUCUCCUGGACUUUACCUGGCCGUACUACGCUGGUUCCACAUAACCGCUACAUAGUUCAAGGAGGGAUCCACAUGACAGAGGAAGGUAGCCUCGUCAUACAGAACCCAGUGCUCAUGAACUCUGGUAUUUACAAAUGCAAUGCUAAAAAUGCUCUCGGAACAGAUUUUAAAUCUACAUACCUACAAGUGAUCUGAGGAAUUUCAUUACCACGCCCCAUUCCAAAUGCUGGGACAUUGAGGUUAAGAAACUUUCCCAGUAGUCAAAGCUGGAUAAGGAUUUGUCCAUAAGGAUGUAAAUAACAAUCUACUAUAAUACAAUGAGGAUGCCCUACAGAGAAGCCAUUGUAACUGGAGGCAGCCUCAUACUUUGUUUUUUUUUUCUCAAGCCAUAAUGGCUUUGUACACAAAACUAAAAUGUAUUUUGACUCACCAGGGCAACGUCUUAGUUCUGGCUACAUGAUCUAGCUUUUCAUUAGUUUUCAUUUCAGUAAAAUUAUAGUUUCAAGUGAGGACUGCAUUAUAUGAAUGGACAUGUCUUGUAAUAACAGGAACGCAUUUGUUGUAACAGAUUUAGGGAACUUUUUUUUUGUAGAUGACAAAAUAUCAAAAACAGAUAUACAACCCCAAUUCCAAUGAAGUUGGGACAUUGUGUUAAACUGUAUAUUUUUUCUUAAUAAUGAAAUCACCAUUUAACUCCAUUUUAUGUUUACUUGGGCUGUCUUUGUCUGAUAUGUAUAUUUGUUUGAUGAUUUUAAACAAAGUUGGGAAACUAUGCAAAAAAAAGUAAUAAUUUUAAAAGGGGGGCAAUACCUUUUCACAGCACUGUAUCUUUGUGAUUAGUGUGUUAAUGCAAAAAUGAGGAAAUGAAAUGUUCCUGUAUGCGUUGUGAUGCCGUCAGUUACACUCUCACCUGCCACAAAAUGAAGUCCACUGGUCUUUUACAGCCAAUGCAAGAAUUGCAUCAAAGUUCUGUCUUAGAUAAUACUACUUUUGACUGACACCGUCAUUUUUUUAUCUUAAUUAUUGUAGUUAUUUGCAGUGGUAAGGAACCACUCUAUAUACCACUGAUACAAAGUUUAUUUUUUUUCAAUAUAGCUCCAUCUGCUGAAUAUGGUUGCCCCAAUGCAAGUGGACUGAACCACCUCCACCGACACCUUUAGCACUACAGUGGAACCCGAGUGCCUGGCACAAUUUGAUACAGAAUAUGCGACAAAUCAAACUGACAUGUUUUAGAAUUGUUCAGCCUCUGCAGCUGUCUGUGCUCUACCAGUUAUCUUUCUCAAGGAAGAAUUUGUGAUAUCCCUCUUGUAUAGGCUCACAUUAGAUUGUGCAGCUCGAUCUAUUGCUAUGCUUAAAAGCCCACACCUCAUUUUGCUGUCUCUUAUUCCAGUGUGUUGCCUUCAAUAACUGGAACCAAUUAUAACAGAAGCUAAAACACAAUAAAGGGAGAUACUUUAUAAACCC